AAAAGAGUUGAGCGACGCGCCGCUGUGUGACUGAGGGUGUCCGGUUUCCUCGGUCUGAGGGAUUGCGAUGCCCUCUGACUUUAUCUCCCUUUUCAGCGGGGACCUCGACCUGAAUUCUCCCAGAUCCCUGUACUCUAAAGAGUCGGUAUAUGACCUUCUUCCCCAAGAGCUACAGUUGCCUUCCUCCACUCAACAGAACCCAAAAGUCAUGAGUCAAACGAGCGGCGGAGAGGCAGGGCCUCUCCCUUCAGCUUCUCUAGCAUCAGAUGCCAUGUCCUCUUCUAUGACCAUGGAAGGCCCCCGCAGUGCUUUUUCCACCUCUUCCAGCUCCACCAUGCAUUCCAGUGCUUUAGUCGGUGACCAGAAUCCAGCUCACGGCAGCAAUGUCGAUUCAGAGGACCCCAGGAGUAGCCGAGUGGUGCCAGAGGUCGUCGCAGCAGAAAGUGGGAACGGUAGCAGUGGCGGCGGCGGGAGCGGCAGGGGCAGCAGUGAGCAUGGAGGAGGACGAGGUGCAACAUCCCAGGAAGCCCAGCAGCAUCACCAGAUGACCCCAUCGAAGCGCCGUACCAUACUGAACAUCUCUCCACCUCCGCAAGACCUGUUGGACGAUAGUCGCAUGUCCUGCCAGGAUGAGGCAUCCCUGGACUCGGAGCAGAGCAACAGCAUCUGGAUGGACGACUCUCUGUCCAACUUCAGUGUCAUGAGCAGUGUCUCUUACAAUGACAACACAGAGGUGCCACGAAAGUCCCGCAAGCGAACCCCUCGCCAAAGGCCCGGUCCAAAGACUGCCCCUGCACAGGAAGCCAGCAUGGAUGUGUUUGAUGCAGACAGUGCCAAAGGUCCGCAUUUUGUCCUCUCACAGCUUGGCCCUGACAGCAAGACAGGAGCUAAAGGAAGCUCUGAUGAUCCUCAGACAACGAAUCAGAAAGGAGGAACUCUUUCCAUGCAAUUCCCACAAAAAAGCGAGGGGAAGGAACUGAAGAUCGUUGUCCAGCCGGAGACUCAGCAUCGAGCUCGCUAUCUGACUGAAGGCAGCAGAGGGUCAGUGAAGGACCGGACUCAGCAGAGCUUCCCUACUAUUAAGCUGGAGGGUGUGAAUGAGCCAGUGGUUUUGCAGGUGUUUGUAGGAAAUGACGCUGGCCGUGUGAAGCCUCAUGGAUUCUACCAGGCUUGCAGGGUCACCGGUCGGAACACCACGGCCUGCAAGGAGGUCGACAUCGACGGCACAACUGUCAUCGAGGUGGCCCUUGACCCAAGCAGCAACAUGACACUAGCGGUGGACUGCGUUGGGAUCUUGAAGCUCCGUAACGCUGAUGUCGAGGCUCGUAUUGGUGUCGCUGGUUCCAAGAAGAAGAGCACUCGAGCUCGGCUGGUGUUUCGGGUUAACAUCCCCCGUCCAGAUGGAUCAGUGCUCACACUACAGACUCCCUCAUCUCCAAUCCUGUGCACCCAGCCUGCAGGGGUGCCUGAAAUCCUGAAGAAGUCACUGCACAGCUGUUCAGUGAGGGGAGGCGAGGAGGUCUUCAUCAUUGGCAAAAACUUCCUCAAAGACACCAAAGUCGUAUUUCAUGAAAAUGUUUCUGAUGAGAAAUCGUGGAAGGCAGAGGCUGAAAUUGAUAUGGAGCUGUUCCACCAGAAUCACUUGAUAGUGAAGGUUCCUCCGUACCAGAACCCAGCCGUCACGUCUUCAGUGUGUGUGGGAAUCUACGUGGUGACAAACGCUGGGAGAUCUCAUGAUGUUCAGCCGUUCACCUACACUCCAGAUCCAGCAAAAAAUGAAGUUCCUGUGAAGAAAGAGGCACCUUCUCCGGUGAAGACUUGCUCUUUUGAUGAGCAAAUUAAAGUUCUAGAUGGUGCCUUGAUGUCUUCAAUGUUGCCUUUGGUGAAGAGAGAAGAUGUCACUCCAAUGGAGGUGACAAGCAACCUCCAAUCUUCUGGAGUAUUUAAGACUGGUGACUUGUGUCCAGCCCAGCAGAACUCGGACAUGACGGCAGGACAUCUAAAUAAAAGCAGAGCAUUCCCCAGCAACCUGGCUCAACCUGCAGCCGAUCCUGAUAAAGUCCAGAGUCCCGUUUUUACCAACACUGAGCCCUUAAGCACCAUCCAGAAGCAGGACAUUGCUACCAGCAGCUCGUUCUCUGUGCCUGCAGACUCUCUGCUUCAGCAAAGCUCACAGCAGUUUCUUCUGGAGCCCAGAGAUGGCCUGAGGCAGGAGAGGCCAGGCAACACUUCUGGAGCUGUGUCGAGGUUGUGCGGGGAACCUGCAUCUCAACAGCAGCAGCUCCCGAUGUUCCCUCCAGACGAAGUAGCCCAGCUGGAGGAAGCUGUGAGACAACUUAAAGCCAAAGGGUUCUGUAACCUACCGCUUCAGUCUGACAACUCUAUUACCAAACAGCAGCAGCAGCAUAUCCAGCACCAGCAACAGAUCCAAAAACAGCAAAUCCAACAGCAACAACAGCAACAAAUCCAGCAACAGCAGUUUCAACAGCAGCAACAGCAGCAGGUUUUGGAGAAUUUACAGCAGCAGCUGUUUCAGUCACAGAUUCAGAUGCAGUGCAGCAUGUUUCAAGAUGCUUCCCAGGGCAAGAAUGCUGAACAUCAGGGCUCAUCACAAGGGGUGGUGCCAAAUCAGGGGUCUCUUUUCCAGCCGACCCAACAGCGACAGCAGCAGCAGCAACAAGCAGCGCUUUUUCAACAGGCUAAUGACCUUCUUUCUAUUCAGACCAACUUCCUCCAGCAGCCAGCCUCUCACCCUUCACCACCCAUGUUCCAUAAUCCCAGCUCGUUGGCUGAAACACAAGAUCCACAGGGAGCUCUCUUUCAGAAACCCUCCCAAGAGCAGGUCCAGGCUGGGCUCUUCCAAAACACCAUGACAGUGCUUCAGUCUCCAGAGCAACAGCCUUCAACCCCUGGACUUUUCCUCCCCCAGACCCCACUGCCCUCUCAGCUUUCAACCAGUGGCUCUCAACAGCAGCAGCAGCAGCAACAGCAGCUGGCCUUCCUCGGUGCUCUGCAAUCUUCUUCCCCUGAACCACAAUCAGUAUUUCAGACCCAGACCCAGAUCUCCCCCAUCCAGCAGAGAAGCCCUCUGGAACAGCAGCAGCCCUCCCAGCCUCAGCCCCACCCACAGCCAGCCCAGCCGGCUUCCAUGUUUCAGACCAUCUCCCCACAUCCAUCUGCAAACACACUCUCUCCAGGCCAGCAGCAGCAACAGCAGGCCGGCCUCCUCUUUUGCAGCAAUGCCAUGUCCACACCAGAGCAGGCCUCCAGCCUCCUGUUCAACAGCCAGGGCCAGAUGCCUCCCCUGACCAGCAGCAGUUUAGUUUCUCAAGAGCCCCAAAACCCCUCUAUGCUCUUUUCCCAAGCCAGCAUGGUGACAGUGGACCAGCAGGAUCGCUCUGAGCCCAUGGCCUUAGGAAACCCCACUGAUCCACGACAACAAGUCUUGUUUCAGGAGCAACAGCCGAUGCAGCUCGGUAACAGCAGCAGCACCCGGCAGGAACAGCCUGUGGGCCUGUUCAUGCCUCAGUCCAAUAUGGCCUCUCUGCAAGGGGGACUGGCUGCUCAGGAGCUCGCACAGUCAGCCAUGUUUGCCUCUCAAAAUGGUGUGGCAAACCUCCAGACAACCACCUCCUCCCCUGUUCAACAGCCGGGAACUCUGUUUCAAACCGCUGUGAGUGGGAGCAUCAAUCAGCCCAGCCGGCCUCAAGAACCAGGCCUGUUCCUCUUCACUAUUCAGAACGAAUGCGGCCAGUUGAUGAACACUCCUGGAAACACGCUGUCAGAUCAGAUUAUAGCAAUCAGCCAGUCUGGUCAGAACCAAAGAGAGAGUGACGCACACAUCCAGUCCCUGCUCAGCCAGUCGCUGUCUCAGUCUGGAUCUGUGCAGAGCAGCAUGUCGGCCUCUCAGAACAUGGAGAAGAUUGAUGACCUGCUGGUCAGCCUGCAGGAGUCGGGCAGCAAUUUAACUCGCUCAUACUAACCUUCUUACGGCGCAGUGUAUGUUUUUCACUGCUAAAAUCUGGAAUAGUUGUACAAUGUAGACAAAAAUGGUCCAAAUAUUAUCUGUUAAAAAUGACAUGCAGGUAAACAUUUGUGAAUAAGCCCUGCAUUAUGUGCUCAUAUCUGGUCACUCAAUGUUUUUGGCCUUGUUGAGCGAGUCUCAUUAUAAAAAAGAAAUGGCAAAAUAGAUGACCUAAAUAGCUGUGAACAUGAAGACAAACUAGGAUAACUUCAUACCCAGAUAAUUUCAGCAUGACUUUGUUUUGGAAUUUCUUGACUAGCCAGUUGGGCAAGAAAAGUGACCUACUUACAUAAUGACUGACUGAUUCCCUGUUGGUAAAGCUUAUGUGAAAACAGAGGUAAAACAGAUUCCAGGCGAGAGCAAUGUGAGAAACGUCGUCUUUACUCUCUAAUGGGAGAAGUGUAAUUUGGCUCUUGUCUUCAGCUUUCUGUCUGGAGAGAAAAUGACUAAUCAGGCUCGGAAUUCAUUGAACUGUUGUUUUUAUCUGUUAGUAGGUUAUCAGCAGCACCUUCCGGUUCUUGUGUUGUUUUCUAAAAUGUUCUCCAAAGUGUUUAGUGGUUUCCAUGAAUAGUGUUCCCUUUAAUACUUUAUUUUGUUCUUUUGUUCCAUUGAGGGUGGAGUGUAUGCGAUGGCAAGAAGGUUUUUGACAAAGUGUGGCAUGUAUGGAUGAAUACAUAGAAGAUUUUGAAUCAGAAUCAGAAUCACUUUAUUGAAUUGAAUAUUGAAUUGAAGGUAGCCGCUGUAGACGUGGUGUGAAAUUAUUUUCACCAGGCAGUGCAGAAAGGGUUAGAGAAGUAGAGAGGAAGCAGAGAAGUGAGAAGUGGAAGGAGUAUAGAAAUGAAUAGAAGAGUGAAGGUCGAUCAUGUGUAUGGGUGCUCAUAAUUUCAGUGUUGUAGCAGCUAGCUUGGACCUGACAAUAUGAAUAAUUUCACUCUAGGUGCCUCUGAUGGACCUUGAAGUGACUUUGGUGUCAUUGAUGACAUGAUAUAAAAGCUCAGAUGCUCAUUAGGCAUACUAUACAUUAUUUACAUAUCUAAAGUAACAUUUUCCUAAAGCCUGGAUAAAUUAGUCUCAUUUAAGUCGCUUUAUCACAAUCAUACCUAUAAAAUAAAAAUCAUAUUUUGGUCAGUGCAGUGAAGAGACUCACCUUCAGCUGGGAAAGUAAUCUUUCAUUAUUCAGUACAUUUACUGUUUCCACCACAGUCUACUGACAAGACUCUGUAGUGUGGGUAAUCAAAUGUGUUCAGACUAACAUAUUUUAUUACAUUGCAAACUGUGGUGGUAGAGAUAAAAACGAACCCUGACAGACAGACAGACUUACUUCCAUGUACAAUCAGCACUUUAAGAUGCUGUUCUUUGUGACCACUUUUCUCAUCGAGGGUACAACAGUCCCACAAGAGGCCGUUCUUUUUUCUGCCGCCUCUCCCUCAUUGUUUACAGUGAAGAUAUUGCGGUGCAUCCUAAUGCCAGUCAUGUUACAACUUUCACUACUCAUUCCCAAAAACCAAAUGAGGAAGAAUGCGGAUCAAGACAUUUUCAUUCAAUCAGUGUAAUUUCAGUUGACGUGUAACUCUUAUUUAAAUACAUGCAUCUAGAGUAGAGAGAGUAGAAUGUAAUAUAUUGUUAUUUUCGUCAUGAGAGUUAGAUCAUUAUGUGUUUUUAGUGUCAUUUUUAUGGCCUCUUUCUGCGUCAGGCACGCAUGAACUGGAAUAGUAUUCUUAAACCAGCUAGAAAAGAGCCUUUUCACCAGUUUUAUAAAUGUGAUGGAUUUAGUGAAUGUCAAGAAGAAGCAACAGUUCAGCGGCUGUAGCUGCACAUCUCAUCCAGGUUAUGGUAUUAACAGGCAGGAGUAGAGCCCAUUCUACGUGUUUUCUUGUAAAUGCAAACUGUACAAUUUUUUUACAGACUUAUUGUCCUCGUCUGUAGAUGGCCAGUGGCCUCAGGACCAAAGUUUGACUCGAAUCUUGCUUUGCAUAAAUCCUGAUGACAGGCCAGUUUUAUGGCUCGUGAACUUUUCUUUCUUUUUAGUGACGUGCAGCUUUAGGAUGAGUAUAGACAGAGAUUAUUUUUUGUCUCCUCAAUAUGCAGAUUUCAUUGUUAGGCAUCCUGCUGCCUCGUUUUCCUUUGUGUUUUGUGUUGUAUUGGGAAAAAAAAAAACAAGAAAAAAACACGUUUGUGUCAUAUCUAGGUUCACUGUAAGUGUCUGCACGAACAAGGGGCUGGUCUCUGACGGUGACAAAAUUAGCUCUGUUUUAUGCCUCGUUGUUGUCUUGUUUUUCUGUGUACAGUUUGUUAUAAAUACAUUAACACCGUUACAUUUUAUACACAUCAAAAUCUGAAUUAGCUGUUGUUUUAUGAUGGAGAUUAUGUAAACUUGACUAAUGUGAUUUGUGGAACUACGGUGUGCCGGUUUGAGCAGUCUGAGUGGUUUUAAAGGGACCCUACUCCUGAAGGAAACCUGACUUUGGAGAAAGGAGCUAUCUGAAAUUGGCUUUCUUCAACUUGUGAAAUAGAAGAACUAAUAUUUCCAUUGUUGAGUAUUUUUGAUUUUAUUUGCUUUUGUUUGUAGAAAGACGCUUACCUUUUUUUAUGUAGUACCUGUGCCUCUUUUCGGAGAAGCGAACCUAAUUUAUUUGUGUGUUGGUUGUUUUCAAAAUUAUUUCCCGUAAUCAUGGUUUUGUUUCUAACUGUACUGAUGGCAGCAAUGUGAUUUGGCCCUCACACCUUCUGAUACUUUAACUGGCACCUUGUGAUGUUGGUGGUGGUGCCUUUAAAUUUAUAGCGUGCUUCAGACACGAUAAAUGAAAUACAAAUUCUUGUGCACAGUUUCCCCUUUUGACGUAAUAGACCGUGUAGAUAUAAACGUUAAUGUGUAUAUCACAUGCUUUUUUGUGGCUUGUAUUUGGACUACCGGCCCUGUACUUCUUUUUGACCAAAUAGGUAACAGCAGCGCAACUGUUGGACCAACAAAUUUAAGUAUGUAGUACUCAAUGUGCUUAUAUGGUGGCUGGAAAAGUUUUGCUUUUUCAUAAAGAAUGUUUUAAUACACAAAGUGGGGAGGUAAUUACUUUUUUGAAAUUACAGUUACCUCAUUCAUGUAUUUUUAACAUCCCUGGAGAUCAUAAAUAUAUGAAUUUGAUUAAAUAUAUAAUCAUCACUAAGUGUAUGGAAAAUAGGAAGAUUGUUUUGAGAUUUUCUAAUUUUUCUCAAGAUGCCACGAGCUCUUUCUCUAUUUAUGUUAAAACAAGAUGUGGUUUUCCUGUACCAUCACUAGUUAAUUUAUUAUCAGCAAAAUAAGUCACAGGUGUUCAGACAGUUAUGUUUUUUCCUAAAUGUCAUUUAAGACACUAAUAGAGAUUGUACAUGUGCCUUGAGGAGAUGCUGUCGUAGCAAUCAGAUGGAUGUUUUACCGUUGUUGCCUGUUAAACAUCUGGCUGGCCCGCCCAGUGAUGAUUAGCCCUCGUUAACUAGAAUAUUUUAAGCCAUAACACUUUAAGUGUGCUUUAAAUGCUCGACAACAGUGACCAGAUUAAUGUGGUUGUGGUGGAUAAAUAUGUUGUGCAAUUUCUGUCAUGCAUCUAACUUGUUUGUACUGAAGUAUCCAUUGCAUUUAUGUUAUUCAACGUAGAUGCAGUCAUUUUUCUCUGAAACUGCUAUGCAGCUAAUAUACUUUAAAUGUAGAUCUAUUAGUUUUUGAAUAUAUAUUUUUCUAUAUAGCGUCUCCUGUUUUCAACAUAAAGGAGAAACCAAAAUAGAUGUUCUUUCUAUUAUUUAUGUUGCUUGUUAAAAUUUUCUGAUGCUUUGAGUGCUGCCUGAAACUGAUUUUAAUUCUUUUACUCAGUGAAAAUGCAAAUUUUUCCUCUCAACAACCAUCUGAGACAAGGGGUCAUUGAAUGUUUGUUCACUUCUAACAAAGUGAAUCAUUCCUCUAGUGGACAGCCGAAGAGGGAAAAUUUGCCUUUUUAUUUCUAACCAUGUGAACAAUCUCAAAUAAUCACCAUAAAAAAAACCAACUGUCUAUGUAUUUGACUUUUGUUGGGAUAUUUUUAUUCUCUUGCAAUUAAAUUUCUGUAAACUUGCUGCUGUCUAUAUUAAACAUACAUACUUUGAA